AUACCUUUCCUCCUCAUACUCCCACUACGACAGGCAUAUGUUGCCAUGCCUCGCGCGAACUUGACGAACAUUGCACGCACCAGAGCUCUUCAGGGCUCUGCUGCUCACUCCACCAGUGCCCAUACGACAUCUUCGGCGCGUGUACUCGACGACCAGCCCACGGUAUCGUCAAAAGCACAGAAGGCGUCCAAGUCGACCUCCCGCUCGCGUCUAAAGAAGGCGGAGCACGAUGAGCUUAGCGACAUCGCUACUGCGUUGACUGACGUCAAAACGUACAUGGGCGGUUUCACGCGUCCUCGCUCUUUCCGAUCCGCCAAUUGGCACGAGGGCGGCCCUUAUGCAGAGAACGGCAAGGUCUACGAGUCUCCUGACCCCCUCGCAUACAAACCGCGCACAAUCUACCUCCUCGAGGGGCGCCACCCUUCUAUGCUUGGACAUGGGCGCGUCGACUUCCACGAGAAAUCCCUCGGCAUGUGCGCAGAGGCCGCCCUGCCUGCCAUCAUCCAGCAAGCCAAUAGCCCAAAUGCUGCUGCUGAGUUCUUGGAGCCCAUGGAUACUGCUCGGUGGCCGUGGGAUGGGCCUCGCCGGCGAAAGCCGGUCCGCUGGUGGGAAGACGGCGAGAACCCCCAGGACCUUCGUCGCAAAGCCCUCAAUGAAGCUGCCGGGAGUGUCCAGGUCGAGCCUUCGCAUCGUUCCCCCGGCAAAGUUGUCCCCGCCGAACUCCUGGCGUCGCGUAGCCCCGGUGUGCAGGCUAUCCACGCACGCGGAUUCCACUCUUCUGCUAGUACGCGUCUCGCGGACGACGAUCCGGACUCUCUCAAGAGCCGUAAGAGCCUACCUGGUUCUGCCUGGAGUCGUCCCCCUCGCGAGUCUCAAGACGCGCAGGACCACGUCGUUCCCACAUACUACAUCGAGCGCAAGAAACAGCGCGACGACAUCUCGCAGCGCAAGGAAGAGGAGGGCGGCUUGAUGGCCGAACUCAAUGCCGGUAUCCUCAGCGAAGGCCUUGCAGCCAAGACCCGCGUGCGUGACGAGAAGAUCCCUGUCGAAGUCCGCCUGCCGGACGGCACCAUCGCCCACCCGAGCGGCUUUGAGCCGCCAACGCCGGAAACAGACUUUCACCCUGUAGCUGCGAAGGUCCCCUCUGAGGACGACCCUCUUGUUGCCACCCUCAAGCAGACCUGGGACGAGCGCGAGUUCCCGGUCGCUCCCGCCGACCCCAUCGUUCCUGACCCGGAAAAGGAGCAAGAGUGGCUGAAGCGCGUAGUCGCUGGUGGUACCUCCGUUCUCACGGGUGUGCGCGACGUCAACCCCGAGGCACGCGUAGCCAGCAGCGCAAAGCUCCCUUCGCUGAAGCCCACGUCGCCCGAGGACCGCAGCAAGAUUACUACCUCGGCCUGGGACUCCCCCUCCCAGUCGAAGGACAACGACCCUGACAGCGUCGUUCCUCCCUUCUACAUUGAGCGCAAGAAGCAGCGCAGCGAGAUCGCGGAGCGCAAGGAAGAGGAGGGUGGCCUCAUGGCAGAGCUCAACGCGGGUAUCCUCAGCGAGGACCUGGCCGCACAGACUCGCCACCGUGAGGAGAAGAUCCCCGUUGAGGUUAUCCUCGAAGACGGCACCAUUGCGCACGCGAGCGGGUUCGUGCCCCCGACGCCGGAGACCGAGUUCCACCCGGUUGCGUCAAAGCCCCCGGAUUCGCCCAAGCUCCCUUGGACCGAGAUUGACUCCGUCAAGGAGACCGCCCCCGGCGUCACCACCAAGGACGUCGGGUCUGCGAAGAAGCCCGGCGACGCACGCGGCUACCACACCAGCGCCGUCGCCCGCGCCAGCGUGCUGCCUCAUUCGUUCUCCCCCGCCGUGCAGCACGCACUCGCCAAGAAGGGCGUGACGCUCGUGCCCCAGGGCCCAGAGCCUGAAAUCGCCGCGCGCCGCGAGCAGUACCUGCCCACUCUGGCGCAGGAGCCGUUCUGGCGUCCGCUGCUGACCGUGACCGUCGCGACGCGGCCGCUCGCCGCCGCGAUGCAUCGCCUGUCGCAGAGCUUCGGGCGCGGGCUGCCGUUCUACUCUGCGAUCCCUGCGGACGAGCGCAAGGACUUUUCGUCGUUCAACACGCGCAUGCGCGUGACGCAGAUGAACCGCAUCCAGCAAGUCACCGAUGAGGUCGCGCGCCGGCUUGGGGGCGCGCACGGCGGUCUGCUCGGGAUCCGCGCCAAUGCGCACGAGCGCGGGCGCGGCGUCAACGGCGAGGGCCUCGCAGAUCCUCUACCGCGGGAGCUGCGGAUGAUGAAGAUCGGCGUGGGCGAGUGGUACCCGUUCGCGGAGGAGGUGAAGGAGCGCUUCCUGGAUGAUGCGCGGCGCGGCGGAUACAACGAGUACAUCGAGGUGUUCGGCGUCGACGAGUGGGGGAAGCGCACGGAUGGGAAGGCGUGGGCGGGCGCGCAGCCGAAGAAGGGCGAGGAGCUGAUGGAGGGCCGGUUCGCGGAUGAGCUCGACGUCGACUGAGCGUCGUCUGUUUCCGUGCCGCCACUCCAAGCUCACGAUCGACGAGGUGUAAGAGACCGUUCACUUUCUUGUUUAAUGUCCUUUGCUGCUAUGCCUCACCGCUGCCGCGGGCGGUAUAUCUCCCACUUUGCUUCUCACGUUCCACACACUACUGCUCCCCGCAUUCUAGUAUCCACCCGCUCACGCUCGCUGCUUUCCUUCCGAGUCCGCGCGUCUCCGCUUGACCCAGCCUUCGUCGCUCUGCAUAUGCUCACCUUCGCUCCCUUACACACUGUACGUAGUAGACCCCACAUUGUACAAGAUCAUCUAUCGAAUG